CGAUGUAUUAUAGCUAAACCAAUUUGGGAUUAGCCAGACGCACCAUGUUUUUCUGCGCGAUCAAUUAAUGUAAUCAAUCAAUUUAUACCUUCAUUAUCAGCAUCAUCCUGCAUUUCCAGGCCCUUCCGCCCCGCACUACGCUGUCUUGAAUAUUUCAACCUACUGACAUGUCGAGACCAAGUGUCACCUUUGUCACUGGGAAUCGACACAAGGUUGAAGAAGUGCAAGCGAUUCUCAAUGACACCAUCACAAUACAAGCCAAGGCUCUAGAUAUUGUUGAGGUUCAAGGGAGCCUGGAGGAAAUCACUCGAGAAAAAUGUCGCACUGCAGCAGAAAUAAUCGGGGGCCCUGUUCUAGUGGAGGAUUCGGCACUUGAAAUGAGCGCUCUCAACGGCAUGCCCGGACCAUAUGUGAAAGCGUUUUUGGACACGAUUGGGAAUGAAGGCCUUUUGAAAUUGCUCGAUCCAUUCGAAGAUAAAUCAGCGGAUGCCGUCUGUACAGCCGGUUAUUCAUCAGGGCCAGGAGAGAAGCCUAUUUUAUUCCAGGGGCGACUAAAGGGGCGGAUAGUUCCGAUUAGAGAACUUUCGGCAUUUGGCUUCGAACCGAUUCUUGAAUUUGAAGGGGAAACUCUGGCUGAGAUGGAUGAUGAAAAGAAGAAUAAGAUCUCGCAUCGUUACCAAGCAAUGUCUAAAUUUGGUAAGUGGCUUUUGGAGAAUAGAACAGAAAGCAAAUCAUUGUAAUAAUGAAGACAAUGGAUAGAAGAUAGAAUACUAAACCAAUUAAUGUUAUCCCAG